AUGGAUGCCACUCUGGAUUAUACCUGUCAAUCCAUGUUUCAAGAGGCAGAACACUCUGACAACUGUCGCGGAAACCUUCCCAGAAAAAAGCAUGAGCAGCAUGGAAAGCAACAGCGGUGCCACGUGCUCCAGAGCGCAAUUAUUCCGUCCAAGACAGCUGAAACAACGGAACCUUCCGCCAUGGAGGAUGGUAAGGAGGAGGAGCAGCAGCAGCAGCAGCCCCUCCGCUCGGAAUACGCAUGCAGAUACGCCCAGAGACAGUCGAUUCAGGUCGUUCUCGGACCGAGUCAACGCAAUACUUGUGAAAGACGACUGACUAGGUGCUUGAAGGGCACUGAAACCCAUCUUACAUAG